AUGGACAUUCAAGAAGCGUCCAAAAUCCUCUACUCUCGACUGCAAACACUCGAAGGAGGCAACGCGUCGAAGCUACUCGGGUGGAUGCUCAUGCGCGAGAAUGCUGACCAGGACCUAGAGGCGCUCGCGAAAGGCUCCGACGCGCAGCUCAUGUCGGCCAUUGGGAUCGCGAAGCGGAACCUCAGCGUGUACUCGUCCAUACCGGGAUGGCAACACCAGGGGGUUCUGGCGGAAAUCCGGCUUCAACAGGAGAGCGCGGCGUGCGUUGCGCGACAACGAACCGCCGCCGCUCAGUCCUUCGCUCACCAGGCCCACCCGGCUUCCACAGAGAGGUUUCCUCAUUCCGACCGUUUCUCUUCCCCAACGGAAACAGCCCUCGUGUCGCUCUCCCCCAAUACGCCCCUCGCUGAACCAACCGACUCUGCCGCCGCCGCUGUUGCUCCCGGAGAUGCUGCUGCUGCUCCGGCGGGAGCGCGACCAAUCCCCACGGAUGCCCCAGCAAUUCCCCACCUGACCGCACUUCACGGCGCAAGUGGCGCUGCGAGCGACUACGGCUCGUCGCCUGAGAGUUCGCAGUCUUUCAUGUUCAAGCGAUGCCAUUAUUUCGCACGCGGAUUCUGCAAGCAUGGAAGCGCGUGUCGCUUCCUGCACGCGUCGCACGGCCAGUCGGCGACGGCGCCCGUGUCGUCGCCGGGGUCGCCCAGUGCGACGAGUUCGGACGGCAUGAUGGCGGCUGCGACGUACCCCGAGCCGCAAGGCGCGGAAGAGACUGCUGCUUUGAGCUGCACGGCCGCGAGCGGCGGCGGCGACGAAACUGGUGGUGAUGCCAGUAACGCCAGCGGGAACGGCGGUGAUGGUGGAGAUUCCUUCGCUGGCAGCACCGCCGCAACCGGCGGCGGCGGUGGCGGCGACGGUAGCGGUGGUGGUGUGGCCGGGACUGUUGCUGGCGGGCUCGUGGGCGGCAGCCCGGGAUCUGCGGCGGGUUUCACGCUGGAGCGGCUCGAGGCGGAGCUUCACGAGUUGCUUAGAGAGCACAAGGGUCCUAUCCACGUGGCAUCGCUUCCACAGCUAUACGCGGAGCGGUUCGGGAAGCCGUUGCAAGCGGAGGGGUACCUAACUGAGAGCCAGCGGCAGGGGCGGCCCGGACUAAGUCUAACUAAGUUACUCGCGCAGAUGAAAUCGUCGAUCGCGUUCGUCGAUAGGCCGAGCGGGCAGCGCGCGAUAGUUCUCAAGGGGUCGCCGAUUCUGGAGGAAUCUAAAAAGUUUAUAACGUUCAAGGAGCGAGCGGAUUUGGCGCCGCCUAGUCCGGGGUCGCGGCAGAUUUAUCUCACUUUUCCCGCCGAGAGCACGUUCACGGAGGAUGACGUGGCAGCUCAUUUCAGCAAGUUCGGGCCAGUCCACGAGGUGCGCGUGCCGCAUCAGCAGAAGCGCAUGUUCGGAUUCGUCACGUUCGCGUUCGCGCACAGCGUGAAAGCGAUUCUCGAGGAGGGUAACCCGCACCACAUCGGCGGCUCGCGCGUCCUCGUCAAGCCGUACCGCGAGAAAUCGCGCCAUGGCAGCGCCACCACCGCGCACGGGAACGCGGAGCGGAAGACGCGCGUUGGGGCGGACCGCGGCGCGCAGGUGUCGCCCGCGAAAGGCGCCAUGGAGUCGUAUUCAGACGAUUCCCCCCCGCCGCCCAUUCCCAAGGUGCGCAAGAGCCUGUAUCAGUCACUGUCGUUUCGGGAGGCAGCUUCGCAGCAGCUUCCGCAGCAUGCGUGGCAGCACCGGCAGCAGCAGCAGCAGCAGCAGCAGCAGCAGCAGCAGCAGCACCACUACCACCACCACCAACAGCAGCAUCAAGAGGAGCAGCUGGGAGGGCACGAGCAGUGGCAGGUGCGGCUGCAGCAGCAGCAGCAGCAGCGGCAAGAGGAGCAGCAGCAGCAGCAGCAGCAGCAGCAGCAGCAGCAGCAGCAGCAGCAGCAGCAGCAGCAGCAGCAGCAGCAGAAGGGGGCAAGCGCUGAGCAGUGGCAGGUGCGGCAGCGGCUGCAGCAGUGGCAGCAGCAGCAGGAGGACAGCACUCGGCAAUCCCUAGGGCUCGGCGGAAUCGCCCUGGGAGACGUGGGACGCGCGUUUUCCGGAAGUGACGUGGAUGCCUUGCGUGGCGCAAGGGGCGUGGGGGGAAUGGGAGGCGUGGGAGGCGUGGGUGGCAUGGGGGGCAUGGGGGGCAUGGGGACCGUAGGGGGAGCGGGAGGAGGCGUGGAUGAGCAUUUCUUCAAGCCCACUGCCAGCAACGGGUCAUUCAAAGGCUCAUUCGCUCUUCCCCUCCUCCCUCCCCCCUGUAUUCCCCUUGCACCCGCCAGUGAUCUGCACUCGCUUCUCCCGCACACCCUCUUCACCUCGCCCCUUGUGGACCAGCACUGCCAGCAACGGGUCAUUCAAGGGCUCAUUCGCUCUUCCCCCCCUUCUCUCCCCCCUGUAUUCCCCUCUUUCCUCUCUUCUUCCACCCUGCAGCGAUCUGCACUCUCUUCUGCCAGACAGCCCCUUCACGUCGCCCCUAAUGACCAGCACGGCCAGCACCACAGCGAUCUGCACUCGCUUCUGCCAGACAGCCCCUUCACGUCGCCCCUAAUGACAAGCACUGCCAGCACCACCAGUGCCACCAUGAGAGACAAGAAUCAAGACCGCCUGCCGCCCGCUGCUGCGCUCACAGCGGGCUCCGCCGCAGCAUGGGACGACGCAGACCGCCCGGAAGCCGUUCCUUCGUCUGCUUCCUCUGCGUCCUCUGCCGCCCUCUCUCGGUUCUUCAACCCGUCGCUUUCGACCGCUCUUGUCCCUCCCCCUCCUCCUCCACCUCCCCUUCCGCUUGAUCAUCUUCAUAUUCAGCAUCAGCAUAUUCUGCCUGCUUCCACCCGUCGCGCCUCGUUCGGAGGGGUUUCUGGUGUUAGCGUUGCCUCCUCCCUUGCUCCUGCUGCUCCGUUUUCUGCAAGUGCCUUCCCCCCUGUCAGCUCUAUACAGCAGCAGCAGCAGCAGCAGCAGCAGCAGCAGCAGCAGCAGCAGCAGCAGCAGCAGCAACAGCACGUCUCAGGCUCCUCGUCCCUGUGGGGUCACGCAGAGGGGGCAGAGGCAGCCCCUGGGGACUCAACGCCGCAGCUAACUACUUCCAUGGGGGAACUCAGUGCGGGUGCGGAGGUUGUGGGACAUGGGAGGGUGGUGGCGAGCGCGUGGGGCCACACCUGUGAUUCCUGCUCUGGUGAGAAGAGCCAUGAGUGUGUCCCUGCCCCCAUUGAUUCUCCUGUCACGCCCACUCAUGCUAAGCGGCCUAUACCAUGCAGCUGGCGUGCGGGCACUACCACUGCAGCAAGUGCGCCCCGCAGGGUCCCUCCUCGUGGUGUGUUGUGUGUCAGCACACCGCCUACCAGCCGCCCUCCUCUUACCUCGUUGCACAAACGUCGUGGAAGGUUCCCUCUCAAGAAGCUGCAUGGAAGGUUCCUUCGCAGGAAACUGCUUGGAAGGUUGCUUCGUUGCAGCUGCAGCCACGCAGCAACAGGUCUCCCUCCUGGUGAGAGGAGGAGAGAGGAAGGGCGAGAUGGGGAGAGGAAGGGAGAGGAGGAGAGAAGAGGGUAG